AUGUUGCCUCCCUUUGUCGUCAUUUUCCUGUACACCUUCUUUUUCCCUUCACGUCUUGAGCCGACUCAGCACUAUCUUCCCCUGUAUGAUUCCUUCCUGCCGAACACCCUAGUCCAACUUUCAUCUUCUCCGCUUUCUUCCCCCUCCCCGCCUGCCCCCUUUUGUCCCCCUUCCCUUCUCCCCUCCUUCCCUCUGAUCCCGCUCCAAUCCACGCUCAUGCGUAUCCACGACGCGUGCAUCGAGGGCCGCUUUACGAUCCAAGCCACGCUCAAGCAGAUCCACGACGCGUGCUUCGAGGAUCUCUUCACGCCCGACAUGAAGCAGCAGCUGCAGUCGCUGCAGCAGGACGGCGGGGGCAGCGGGGGCGCGGGCGUGCGCCGCAGCAGCAGCCUGGGGACCCCUUACACGCAGAGCCAGUUCCCCGCGGGGCAGCUCGCGGACGCGCUGGGCAUGGACGGCGGGGGCGCGUUCCGCAAGGAGCAGGAGGCGCUCGCGCUGGAGAAGCGCAAGGCCGCGGAGAGCAGGGAUAAGACGCAAGAGGCGCUCAUGGAUCAGCUGCUCACCAUCCUGAUGCGCAUGGAACGCGAGCUCCCCGCCUUCAAGGAAUCCCAGGUGAAGCCGGCGCACGUCCUCACCUCUGAUCACCAUCCUGAUGCGCAUGGAGCAGGAACUCCCCGCCUUCAAGGAGUCCCAGGCGAGGCUCGCCAGUAUAUCCCCACCUUCACCUACCUUUACCCCUCCUUCCGCCCUCAUCUACAACCCCAACCCCAAACCCCCCACCAGCUGAUCACCAUUCUGAUGCGCAUGGAGCGGGAGCUCCCUGCCUUCAAGGAGUCCCAGGCGAAGCUCGCCCGGGAGAGAGCCUCCGCAGCAGCAGCAGCCAGCUCAGGCGCCGGGCAGCGCGGCAGCAGCGGCCUCUCAGGCACCUCGUCCGUCCCCAAGUCCCCCAAAGAGCUGCUCAGCCCCACCCGCCGCCGUAUGAUGCUGCUGGCAAACGCUGUGGAUGAUAUGACUGGGGAUGCUGCUGGGCUGUCGCUUACAGGGAGCGGCGGGAGCGGGUCGGCAGGGCGGGAGCGCCGAAGCAGGCGGUCAGGUGCGGAGGGCGGUGGUGCGGGGGAGAGCGGGCGGGAGUCGCAGCAUGAUAGGUACGACUCGCAGACCCAGCAGCAGCAGCAGCAGCAGCAGCAUUCGCGGUUUAGGGAUGGGGAGGGGGAUGGAGGCGGGCGGACGGACGACGAUCGGCAUAAGGACCGGAACAGGGCAGUGCGAGGGGAGAGGGAGCAUAGGAGGAGCACGGAGCGGAGGGACCGAGGCAAGGACGAACCCGGUGCGGGCACGGGCAUGCCAGGUUCUAAAAGCACCGGGGGGGCAGGCGCGGGCGACGCCCGAUCCAAGUCACCAUUCGACAUGGGCGGCAGGAAGGGCGGCGACGAUUUGGAGUAUAUGGAUGACCCGACGAGGGCUCGAACAGGCAGCUCGAGUGGAAGAGAGAAGGAUAAGAUGGGGAAGACGGGCAGCGGAGGCAGCUCUGCUAGCAGCGUCAGUGGCGGGUCCCGCACCCGAUCUAAGACAGGGCGUACUAGCAGUGUGGAUAGGCCUGGGGGAAACGGGGAUAUGGGGGGAAUGGCGGGGGAGUUUGCUGGGGAGGGCGGCGGUGGGACAGGUGCGGAAUGCUCCGAUCCGGAAGCGGACCUGGCGGCAUAUGAUCCCGAGGCUCCGCAGCAGAUCGUGCAGAAUCUGCUGUUUGGAUCGGCAGAGGAGAAGGGCCGGGCAGCAGGGCUCGUCGGGUGGUACGCGUCAAUCUCAGCUGCCAACCGAUCAACAUUUCGAGAGGCUGGUGCUGUUGAUGCUCUGCUGCCGCUGGCUGUGGGUGGGCCGAGGGACCCUAAGGGAGCAGAAUCCGCGCUUGCUGCUCUGUUGAACCUGUCAAGUGAUGAGAUGGGGAAGCAGGAGCUGCUCACGCACCUCCCGCUGCUCAUCCAGGCGCUCAAACGCGCGGAUUUCUCCCCUGCGGCCGGAUCAUCCGCGGCCAAUGUCAUGAAAUGCGCUGCGUCCUUCUCAGACCGCGCCCGGGGGCUGGUUAUCGACGCAGGAGCCGUCCCACCACUGGUGAAGCAGCUCACGGGAUCGAACAACGAAGGGAUGCAUCCUGGGUAUGAUACCCCGUCGAGGCAGGCUGCAGCAGAGGCAGUCGCGUGUCUUGCCCAGUGUGAGUCGCAGCGGAGCAAGCUAGUCGGGGAAGGGGUGAUUCCCGCCCUGGCAGUGGCCCUGCAGGCGAAUCUGAACAACGAAACAGUGGUCGCCACGUGUCAAGCGCUGUCACGGCUUGCGACGGUGCCGGACGGGAGGGAGGCGAUGGGCGAGGCAAUCCCGUCACUGGUAACCGUGUUACGGCUGGAUUACCCUGCGGCGGUGAGGGAUGCGGUGGAGGCGUUGCUGCAGCUGGCGAAGCACAGCCCGACGCACAGAAGCAAUAUUCGGAACAGCGGAGGCAUGCGGUACUUGCGGAAUGUGUUGCGGUCGGGCCCACCUACCCUCCAUCCAAAGGCCAUGGAGCUGUUGGCAGCUCUUUUCUCCUAA